UACAAAUUGAAUAUUUUCAACGGGAAAAACUUCGGUCCGCACUUAGAACUUGGAAGAGAGCGUAAGAGAGAGAAAAUGGCGGCUUCUACCACGGCUCCGGCGACGGCGACAAAUUCCGAUGAAUCGAUGAAGAUAGCAAUCGCCAUGGCUCUUCUCCGAUCAAAACUUCUCUCUCAACCUUCUUCUUCUUCUUCAUCCCGCGUUUUUCACUGGAAACAAAAGGCGAAAAGUCGUAAGCAAGAAAUUCUCCGACUCUCAGAGGAGAUCAAACGCCUCGAAGAUGAUUUGAGCUGUGAUUUGUAUCCGCAAAGUGCGUCAUGCAAGUGUUAUUUCUUUGAUGAUUUGCAAAAUGUAAGCUCUAAGAAGUUCACAAAUGGUGAUGAUCAUAGGAUGAAUGAUGUUCUUCACCGCAGGUUUCUCAGACUAGUACGUAUGCAGAAGAGGAUUAAAAGAAGAACUAGCAAUUCGACCGAUCAAAGAGUAUUUUCAGAGUUUUCUAAGGAAGAGGAGAUAGAACAGCUGAAGAUUUCAGCUGAGUUUCUUGUGGAUCUGUGUGAGAUGCCCAUCCCGGUGAAGAAGCCUAAUUUUGCAAACUUGGCACAUCAAGCGGUGGAUUUCAUUCUAGGUUCUCUAGGUCACUUAUUGUCGAAGGAAAAGGAUGCAGCUCUGAUGGAAGGCACCAUUAACAGCUUGAUUGUACAUUUAGUCAAAAGGAUGUGCACACCUCUGGAAAAUGAGCUACGUGACCCUGAAACCGAUGCACAAGUCCAUAUCCAGUAUAUUAUCCGCAUGCUUGGAAGCGCCUCUUAUGUAGGACAGAGAAUCCUGCUUUCUGUCUGUCACAGGAUAUCAGAACUAGCAGAACAGUUGCUCUCCCUGGAUCCUUUUGAUGAGUCUUUUGCCCUUAUACACGAUUCUUUGUUUGUGAUGAUACAGCUUAUUGAGCUCCUACUGUCGGACUACUUACUCAUUUGGUCGAAGGAUGAAACAUUUGAGAUUAGGUUGUUUGAGGAGUGGCUUCCUUCGUUUCUUCAUGCUCGUAAAACAUUGCAGUCAAUGGAGAAGAGGUCAGGGCUUUAUGCACUUUACAUGGAUCGAGUAACUGGUGAGUUAGCUAGGCAGGUUGGCCAAGUAAUGUCCUUCCAGAAACUAAACCAAAAUAUUCUUGAUGAACUGUUAGCUGAUCUAUGAUUCUGUAUCACCUACUUAUCUGGCCUCGGAAGAUAGUUGCCAUCAGAAGUUCUUUUAUUUUUGACCUAGUUAGUACUUCUUAGAUUAUCUAUUUUGUCAUCGAGUGUCAAGCUUGUGCAAUUAAGUUCAGGUAAGAAUAAGUGACUGCUGUAAAUUGUGAAUCGAUAUAGGGUAGGCUAAUUUCUUAAUUCUUUCUUUUUUUGGGUAUGUGCUGGGAUAUCAUGUUUUACCUCUAAGGCUUAAACGAGAAGGUUAUAUCAGAGGGUUGGCUAUUUUUACUAUAUA